AUGGAAUGCAGAAAACACAAUCACCAAAGCAACAAAGGAGUUUGCCCAUCUUGUUUAAGAGAUAAGCUCUCUCAACUACCUAACACGCCGUCGUAUUACGUCAUACACCGAUCUGAUGAUUCUCUCUCCUUAAACACCACCGUCGAUUCGUCUUCUCCGGCGUCUCCUCCGGUUAAGGAUCAUCACCGGAGAGCUGGUUCGAUGUCGAUGUCUUUCGCUGUGAGAGAAGCGUUGAGUGGUAAUCUGAUUGAAGGAUUGAAGAAAAGCAGAUCUGUGGCUCAUCGUUUGCUUCAUCUGAAAGGGAAAGGCGGUGGUGGUGCUUCCGACGUCGGAGGAUUUGUUACUUCACGGCAAAGAGUUUAUUAA